GGUAGCCGUAGAAAUGUCCGCUCUCGCUUUCCGUAUUGUUCCUAUUUGAAUUGAGUGGCACUUUGUUCAGUAAAAGCAGCUGAAUAAAACACAUUCUAUUUGGUUUUAUUAAGUGUUAGUGCUCCAAAAUGAACGUCCAGCCCUCGAACCCCAAUAACCCCAUUGUGUUUUUUGACGUGACGAUCGGAGGACAGGACGUUGGAAGAAUGAAGAUUGAGCUGUUUGCAGAUGUUGUUCCCAAGACUGCUGAAAAUUUCCGGCAGUUCUGCACAGGGGAGUUCAGAAAAGACGGUGUUCCUAUUGGAUACAAAGGAUGUACGUUUCAUAGGGUUAUUAAAGACUUCAUGAUUCAAGGUGGCGACUUUGUGAACGGAGAUGGCACGGGAAUCUGCAGCAUCUACAGAGGUCCAUUUGCAGAUGAGAACUUUAAAAUGAAACAUUCUGCCCCAGGCUUGCUGUCUAUGGCAAAUAGUGGCCCAGGAACAAACGGCUGCCAGUUUUUCAUCACCUGUACAAAAUGCGACUGGUUAGAUGGGAAACACGUAGUGUUCGGCAAAGUGGUGGAUGGUUUGCUGAUCAUGAGAAAAAUCGAGAAUGUGCCUACAGGACCGAACAACAAACCCAAACUACCCAUAGUCGUCGCCCAGUGUGGAGAAAUGUGAUCUCUUUUUUUUAAACAGCUUUAUUGUUUUCACAUGUUUGUAGUGGUUAAUUAUAUUCAUCUUACUUCAAGAAAAACCAAUUUAAGUCAAGAUCUUUAGUCUUUUAUUUUGAAAUUAUUGUGAUCUCGGCAUCAUCACUAUGCUUUACAGUACCUUUCUUACAAAUUCUGUCAUUAAAAACUGUGAUGGCCUUCUAUAAAUUGCAAAAGAUGGUAUCACAAACAUGGUUGAGACAAUAUACAGAAGACAGUUUUCUCCCGUUUCUCUUGAGGCAUAAGAAGAAUACAUUCAUUGUCCAUGUUUUGGAUCACUUUACAGUUAACUAUUUACAAUGCUGUCUGACUGCAUUCUCUGACAAAUAUCCUGAAUAAAUUUCAGCUUUUUUUGUAAAGAAACUGUUUCAUUCAUUCUUU